GUGCCAAUGAUUGGGAAAUGCUGCUUUGACAUUUGUGUUAAACAUAAAAGCUUAGAACGAGUACAGAUACUCGUCUAUAGCCUCUGUAUUCUGAAGGCAAACAAACACAGAUCUAUGUUAUAUUAUAUGAACUUCUUUCACUAAAUUGGAUUCCAAAGAGCCAAUUGAGGCUCUGAGAUGCACCAUACAUCACUCCUACUUGUGCUUUUCUGCGGACCGAUAAUUAAUUGCUCACUCGGAUAUACAUUUUAUCAUCAUAAUUUCCAUUUAAUUGCAUUGCCUAAUAUCCUCGGACAAGGUGAAAGGUGUAAUGGCAGCGACGGAGAAGACUGUGACGGCAACGGAUGCGGAGGCUGUGUGGUCGGUGAAGUGCUACUGCUGCGGGUUAACGGAGGAGUGCACUCCGCGUUACAUUAACGGCGUUCGGGAGAGGUACGAGGGUCGUUGGAUUUGUGGGCUUUGUGCUGAGGCAGUGAAGGAAGAGGGUUUGAAGUUAAAAGAUGAUGAUGUUAGCACCGAUGAAGCAUUGAAGCGCCACAUGAAGUUCAGAUCUUCUACUUCCAGUCCUCCCAACAAACCCACCCUUGACUUGAUUCUCGCAGUGAAGCACCUUCUAUUUCGCUCUUUGGAUUCUCCUAGGAAGGAUUCUUUCACCUUUUCGUCACUUUCUACAUCCCGCACAUGUUUUUCACCUGGAUCCUCAAAGGGAGAGCCACAAUCUGAGAAUAGAGAGGUAAUUACUAGUGAGUGAGUGAGUGGUAACUGCUGAUUCAAUGGCAAUGGCAAAUUGGCAUUGCCUUCUUUUAGUUAUGUUUAAUGUGUAUUUCUAAGUGACCUUGUUUCUUUCUAUUUUGUGACGUUUACGACUGAAUGGAUGAUUUGGCAGGAAUUUUCCUCCUUUGACUUCAGUUUAAAUGUCACUUCUCUGUUUGAUAAUUCAUUACUAGCAAUGGAGUUUCCCUUCUUUGUCUAUGUGGUUUACCCAAUUCAGACUAUGUAUUACAUUGAAACAAAUGUUUAAACAAGUUGCUCAAUCAUGUGCAUGUGUUUGUAUACAAUGCUGGGAUUUCAAUGA